AUGGACGUCCUUGCCGAAAACCAGUUAGCCAAGUACUCUCCACAGGAGAUGGCGUACUGGCACUAUGGAGCCCCGGGUAAAAACAACCCGCGCAACAUGGAGCGCCAGCAGGCUGAGCUGCCAGGCUACCGACUCCUGGCGGUUGAGGCGCUGCCCAAGGUCAAGGCCAAGGUGCGUGCAGAGAUUUUUGCCGCCCUGGACGACGAACAGGUCCAGCGCCCACAGCUGCCUCGCGAGAAUGCCUUGAUCAACGAGCUUAUCAAGGAGUACUUCGAGUACAACGGGUACUACCACGCACUGUCAGUGCUACUGGCCGAGAGUGGCCACCCCGAGGAGCCCCAGUUCGAUCGGCGUUUCCUCGCCUCCGAGCUCCGAGUCCGUGAGGAUGACCGAAGCAGGUCUCAUCCUCUGAUCUACGCCCUGGUGCGCGGCGCCUGCGCCAGCGACGUCGGUGCGCCGCCAGCAGCGAUGGAGGAGCGCACGGGUGCCUUCGCGAUGCCCCCCGGUCCACCCGGGCGAGGUUCAGACGUUUCGGACGCGACCCCGCCCCCUCCGGAGGAAGAGGAGAAGCCGAUGUUCAUUCGCGGCGCGAGCCGCUGA